UUCAGGUUUUAGCUGCUCAUCGCUGGAUUCUUUCGUCGCUCUCCAUGUGGCUCCUGUCCUCCUGGUUUCCUUCUUGUUUUUCAUACUGCUGGUUGGAUCUCUUCAGCCUGUAAACCUCCACCUUCAGCGCCCCCAGUCAGAUGGAGGAAGAUAAGAGAACCCAGUUAACAAAAAAACCGGGCCCUGAUGACAGAAGGAGGAUCAGGAAUAGAGCAGAGGACCUACUGCACCUACUGAUGUCCUCACCAUUUAUAAAUGGUUGGAUCUCCCGAGCCUGUUAUCCUCCACCUUCAACACCACCAGUCAGGCGGAGGAAGAUAAGAGAACUUAGUUGACAAAAAAGUAAGAAAACUUAUUUUUAUCCAGCUAACAAUUUGAAAUAUGGAUGAAGCGGCAGUCAAAUUUCAAAACUGUUCUUUGUCCAUGUACAUUCUCUCUAACCCUGUUGUCUUUUCUACAUCAACUCGUGUCACAUGACUUGAGUUGAACAACAAUGAAGGUAGAAGACUUCCUCCAUCUGCUGAUUGACUGGUUGUAACAGGUUGUGGAGAAGCAUGACUGAAACAAGACAGCAGCGCUGGACCAAUCAGGAGAGAGAAGACAGAAAAUCCUGCAGAAAUUCCAGAGAUUUAAUGAAGAAGAGUUUCCCGAUGCAACAGGGGGGACACCUGAGAACGGGAUAAAGAGACACAGAUCAUGUGAAGUUGGAUCUUCCAAGUCUGUAAACCUCCACCUUCAACACCGUCAGUCAGGUGGAGGAAGAUAAGAGAACCCAGUUGACAAAAAAAGUAAGAACAUUUAUAUAUUUCAACAUAAUUAAACAUUUCAGGUAUAGCUGCAGAAAGUUGAGCUGUAGAAACUGUUUCUAUCUGCUGUCUAUGUAUAUUUUCCUUUUCAACUCUGUUGUCUUUUCUCUUUAUUUCAUUUCCACAUCAACUCAUGUCACAUGACUUGAGUGGACCAACAAUUAAAGCAGAAGACCUACUCCACCUACUAAUCUGCUGGUUGUAACAGAUUGUGGAAAUGGACCAUCCAGGGCCGGACAUGACUGGAGCUGGAAGUGGGGGCCAGGGCGCGUCAGAUGGGGCCGACGGCGAGGAGCCAGAGAAGUGUCCGGUCUGCCUGGGCGCGCUGGCCGGAGGGGAGCUCGCCAUGCCGGACAGCUGCUGCCAUGUUUUCUGCCUCAGAUGCCUCCUCACAUGGGCACAGAUGUCUUCCUCGUGCCCUGUGGACAGAAGACCAUUCACUAAUGUUUACAGAUGGGACGGCCACCUCGGCCUCGUGCAGAUUCCUGUAAGGAGACAAACAACUCAAAUAGAAUCUGAUAUUUGCUGCUGUCGAAAACCUGAACAGAAAGUCUGUCUCAAAAACAAGCCUGGCAGGACAUUACGGCAGCAGAAAAUGGAGAGGAAAUCUGAUGUCAAAACAAGAGGGCUCGUGCGGAAGUGUAACGUCGAGGAGCCAUCUUCUCUGAACAGAAAAAAGGUGAGUGGAGAGAGUGGAACAGAGUGCUGCAUGUGGUCUCCGCCCCCCUGCGUCUCUGUAACGACAACAACACAGGACGUUGUAGAUCCUGUGUGGCUAGCCCAGCACCUAGCAUACGACACUGGAAUCACACAGUGCAAGCUGCAGGCGCAACGAUGCCCUUGGCUCUCCUCUGCUGCUCCCAUUCCUGCUGACGGACCCCCAAGGUGGCGUUUUCCAGGUUGGAACAGCUCAUCUCCAUUUGGUCUCAUCUCAUCUCCCUUCAUCCCCAGUGCAUCGUUUAGCUCUAGUAAUUUUGUAUUUCAGGGUGUUGUCUGUGCUGUCACGUGUCCUAAAGGAGGAGAGAAGCGGGGCAGCAGAUCAUCAACAUCUAAACCACCCACCAAAGAGCCAGAGUCUCUCCCCUCCAGAAGAUCUAGACGCAACACUAAAAGUCAGGAAGAGACUCCGUCAGACUCCAAAUCCCCAGCACAAGGCAGUUUGUCAGACUCCGAUUCAUCCGCCGGCCAGUCCUCCAAGCUGAGCAAACCUUCUCCAGCGCCAACAAAGAGGAAAGGGAAACGGGUGAUAAACAGAAAGGCCAGUGGCAAACGGAAAGCCACAAGAAAAAACAGUAGUCCAGCCGUAAGUGAGGAAGAGGAGGAUGGAGAUGACAACAUUGAGAAGGAAGAACAAGAGAAUGCAACUAUAGAAGACAUAGAUAUGAACAACUCUGACCAGCUGCAAACUGCUGAAAAAAGCCUCAAAGAAGAGUCGAAUGGAUGCAACUCUGCUGAUGAGCAAGUAGACAUAAGCUCUGCGAAUGGUGUUAAGCAAAACAAAGAGGUGACGCAAGAAGAAUCUUGUGAAAAGCAACAAGAAGAGAGAGAUGGAGAAGAAAAAAAUGACUUAUCCUGUUUUAUGGACUCAACUCAGAACAGUCCUGUUUCGACCUAUGAGGAAAGCCACAGCCAAAAAGAUGAGCCCGUCAGCCCUGUUUCCAGCGCAGAUAGAGAGUUUGAUGAAAGGACUUUGCAAUCUCCCCCUGACUCUCAAAUGACCCCGGUGGAAGACCAAGUGUCUCUUCAGAGUGAUGAGAACACAGACCUGGAUGAUAAGAUGGAAGUCUGUGAAUCACUAGAGGCAUCCAUACCAGAAGAAUCUUCUAAUGAAUCAAAGGAGGAAAUAUGCAGGGAUUUGAAAGAGUCCGAUUGCCCUGCUGACAGAGAAUUUGACAAAAACAUAGCCGAUGAAGAUGCAAACACAUCUGAGGACAGUAUUGGAAUGCCUGAAUUACAGGAGCAUUCAGAAGUCCCGAGUUCUGUAGAACAGGCAAAGGAAGAUCCUACACCCAUUGAAGACAUUGUGGCCAAAGAGGAAGUCUCUACCAUCCAAGAGGAGGGCAUCAUGAAGGAGGGCUCUGGCACCCUUGAGGAGGCCAUAACCAAGGAAAACUCUACGGUCAUAGAGAAAACCAUAGUGGAGAAAGACUCUACAACUCAAGAGGGGGCUUUAACAAAAGAGGACUUUGUGGCCCAAGAGGAGGGCACAACCAAGGAGAAAUCUCCGUUGAAAGAGGAAGCCAUAACAAAAGAGAAUGAUUCACCAAAGAAUGAUGUCAAGUCCAACAGUGACUCCACGCAGAGUUAUGAUUGCACAAAUAAGGAUGACAUAAAUGUUGUCCCUAUGGACUGCAGCUCACCCACAAGUGAGCCUGGGAGCAGUUCCCUUCAGGAACUUGCGAGUGACAAGGAUUACAAUACUGACAUAGUAACUCCUUCUACUGCUCCUGAAACCCAAGUCAACAAAAAUGCCAGUUCCAAGGCACAAAGGGAGAGAGAAAGGAGCCAAGAGAGGAAGAAUGGCAAGCAGCGGCGCUCUCGCUUCCACUCGCCAUCCUCCAAAUGGUCGCCUCGGAGAGAGUCAAGGAGGGAAUCAUCAAGACGCUCACGGUCAAGAGAACGUGAUGACAUGUCCUCGAGUCGAUCGUCCCGCGCUCGCAGCAGAGACAGAGACAGGGAGCGGGACGGAGAGCGAGACUAUUUCAGGAGGGACCGCAGCCGUGAAAGGAGGCGAAGACGAUCCAGGAGUCGGUCUCGAUCAAGGUCUAGGUCUCGGUCCAGAUCUCGGUCAAGAUCUCGAUCAAGAACAAGGUCUUACAGGCGAGGGACUAGCCCCGAACGGGCAACAUCUAGAGAGCAGUCUCCCCAGAGGAAGGAGCGUAGAGGAGGCUGGAAGUCUGGGCAUGAGGGUCGAAGAUAUCAAGGAGGGUCUGGCCGCUUUGAAAAUGGUGUGUCUCUAGAAAGCUCUCAGGACAGACAGACUUGGUCUGAGAAUCCUGACUGGGUCACUGAAAAGACUCGGGGUGAGGGCGAAGACAAGAGCCGCGACUCAGGGUUCAGCAGUGGUUCAAAGUGGGAAGAUCAGCGAAGGGGCGGCGGAAACGAGGGAGAAUCACGUGGACGGGGAGGUCGUGGAGGUUUUGAUCGUAGUCGAGGCACAGGACGGGGCAGUGGCAACCGCAGCUUCUACAGCCAACAGGAUGAAACGCCCGACACGCGCUGGCAGCCAAGAAACAAUUUCUCAGGUACAGGCAACAAUUCAGGGAACGACUCUUACAGCCGCUACAAUGAAAACCGGGGCGGCAGUCGAAAGAAGGAGCUGGAGCCAGGAGACUCCAUGAUCGACCGGUCGGGAUGGUCUUCAGCAUCCAGCUGGGCUGUGAGGAGGACGCUGCCUGCAGAUGUGCAGGAUUAUUACUCCAAGAGGGAGAGAGGAGGAGCCGGCACCUGGAACCGACAAGAGGAGGAGCAGCAGGCACCAGCACCACCAGAUCCAUCAAAGGGUGACCCUACUCCUCCUAACCCCCAGGUUGUCCCUGGUAACGCACCGGUGGCUGUUUUGAGCGUCCUUCCUCCCCCUCCUCCUCCUCAGCUCGGCGUCCUCCACCACCCGUACCCACUGCAGCGCCCCCUGCCGGUGAGCCUGCAGCCUGCUGCCUCCUACCCCAUACCCCCUCAGGUGCCCAUCCACCUCCAUCCUGCAGUGCCGCUGCUCCAGGUGCCCACAGUCACCGCCCAGGGCCUCCCUCCUCCCCCACCGCCGCCGCCGCCCAUGCAGGCCGCCGGCCAGACUGUAGCAGUCGCAGCUCAGCCUGAGGGCCACACGGGUCAGAUGAUGAGCACAGUCGGCGGCUACAGCAAACCAGCCCUCCUCCCCACGCCUUCCAAAGUGGGUGUGGCCACAACGUCCCAGGUCCAGCCGGCUUCCAGCCAGGCGCUGCCGUCCUCCACCACACAGACCGGCCAGCACAGCAAGGCCCAGGCCGACAGCUCCAAAAAAGAGAAGAAACAACAGAUCCAAGAGAAGGCUAUAAACGAAGUGAAGACGGCGAUCAAACCGUUUUAUCAGAGGAAGGAAAUCACAAAGGAGGAGUACAAGGAGAUUGUCCGCAAAGCAGUAGAGAAGGUCUGCCACAGCAAGAGUGGAGAGGUGAACUCCAGCAAAGUGGCCAACCUGGUGAAGGCCUACGUGGACAAAUACAAACACGCCCGCAAGAAAUGAACUUGCAGGGAGCGCCAGUUUCCCCUCCCAGACCCGUUCUGCUGAUCCGAUCAAGUGCAAUUUCCUCCUGCUGGAAUCUGGCCUCCCGAGCCGAGCGACGGCGGGGAGCCAGCGUUUUCCUCCUUUUUUGAUAUAUCUAUCUACCUUUUAUUGAAUGAAGAUUUGUUUUCUAUAGAUUUUCAUAUUUUGUUAGAAAAUAAUGACCUGAUCAUAAAUUGUAAUUGCAAGAGCCCUUUAUUUUGCUUAGAUCAUGGGACUUUGGGGGAGCUGCUGUAGGCUGCAGAGAUGACUAAAGAUGUACUCUGAAGAGUGUGGAGGAGAGCAUCCUAAUUUCAUAGCUUGAGUCAAUAUCAUCAAUGUUUCUUUAAAAAAAAUUCUGUAAUAUUUCAACUGAAAGACAUAAAAAAAAAAAACAGUGCUUUUGUCUUGAAUAGUCUUUGUAACCCAAUGAAAGGCCUACAAUCUGAGGACUGAUUGUAAACAGGGCUCUGAUUGGAUCCAAAGUCAGAUGCCCAAUCAGCAGCGAGUGUGUCUGGAAGUGUAUGUGUAAUUUCAGUGUGUGUGUGUGUACAUGAGCUGUGCAAAUUGUCUGGAAAGUAGUGAAAUAAACUAGAUGCUCCCUGCUGUGCUAUGUGGAUCAGAGGGUACUUGUUGUAAUUGCAGCUCAGAGCCACAAGGUGGGGGUAGUGCUUCUGGAUUUGUGGGAACUCUUAAUGCUCAUAAAAAACCUUUUGUAGGAAAAAAAGUUUGUUAAAUUGUCUGAAUGGAAACCAGAUUGUUGGGCAGCGAUGAUAAAAUGUGCAGAGGGGAUUCAAUAUAACAUGUUUAAUUAGAUCCUCAUCAUUUAAACUUGGAUCUUUUCUCCUCGAAGGCUAAAGAUCUAAAUAAAGUUGAUUUCACUUUA